AGCCAAUACCAAUACCAAAUAUCCAUCGUCGUCGUCGUCGGUUCAUAUUACCUAUUCAUAGAUGUGUAAUUUCGUCUUUAGUACCGGUUCGAUAUACUCGCGUUUCGGUUUCGGCCGCUACCUAUCUGAUUUUUGUUCGCUUCUCCUCCAUCCUCCAUCGUCAUCAUCUCCAUCACCAUUAUCUGCAGGCCACCAUGCACCGCCGCACCGCGCCUAGCCAGUAGCUCUAUGUAUACUCUAAACUCUAUAGCCGGUCACUGUUGGUCUUAAGUUAGUGCGUUGUCUUGUUUUGUCUUACUAAUCGUAUCACAUACACACAUACGACUCCUCUCGUAAAGUUGAAACAACAACCACCAGCUGACCAGAAGCUAUUCUACCGCCACUGUUUCCAUCGCCAUCACCAUCACCAUCGCUCUCGCUAUAGCAGCCAGCCUGAGCCUGUGCCUGUGUAUCGUGUGUUUACGCUAACGCAGAGUGCACCGUAAGAGCCUAUACAACUGGCGGAAUUUCCUUAACCUUGACUCGGCUGUGACUGUCGCUGUGGCAAUUAAUCGCGCGUUCCAGUGUCCGUCUUCAUCGAUCCAGAGUGUAAAAGUGAUUUAAAUCCCAUCAUGGUUCGUGACUAUUGUAAGCCGGCACUAUUUGGCAUUUUGGUGGGCGUUUUAAUUUGCGUGGAAGCUAGACCAGCUGAGAACAAUGCGCACAGCAUCGGGAUUCCAAACAAAUCCGAUUCCGUUCAAAUAUUAGAAUUCAACGUCGUAGACUCAGCCGGCGAUAACGAACGCAAAGAAUGGUAUUCUAAAAAAGUAUCGUACAAUUUGACAGAUGGACGCCAGUCGUCAGCAGCAGCCAUCGCCGGUUCGCAUAUUCCAGUCCAGGUCAUUUACGAUGCUCCAGUGCUCGAGUACGCAGCAUCCAAGAGCGCUGCUAAAGUAAAUUUACUACGACCUAGGCCGCCAUCGUCGUCACCUUCUUCAUCAUCAUCAUCAUCAUCAUCGCCCAUCAGACGUAACUCUAAACAGCGAAAUUUUCCUGACGACGAUGAAAACGUUAUCGAAGACGAGUCGCCAAAGCACGAUGACAAAAUCAAGAAGGAUUCGAUUGAAGGCCCCACAACAACAUCAACAACAACAACAACGUCAUCAGUCAAGUCUAACGCAGCAGUGGAUUUUCUUUCGAUGAUUUUGAACGAGCAGCGUCAACGUAUGCAACAAACCAACUCCAAGUUUCCAAUCGUUUUAAAUCUUCUGCCAACUACCAAAGUGUCCAACGAAGACGGCGACCAACGUCCUGAUACGAGUAAUACUUCCAUCAUCGCCUCCAUAGCUCCAGCAUCAACAACAGAUCAAAAAAACAGCACCGCUUUGACCAGUAAUAAAAUCCCCGAAGAAUACAUUAAUCCAAUUCUAGAGAAAUUGAAAUCGUUAACCAAUCAAAACGCAGGCUCUUCUGGAUCCGAAUCUGCAGCUGCAGCUUACGCAAACGUUCUAAGAUCCGCGUAUCUGAGAGAUUCUGCAUCUUACGGGUCAUUUGCACCAUUUCCAUGGCCAAUGGCACCUCCCCCACCCUCCUCUCCAUUCCACCAACACCCCUACUACGAGUAUUACCUGCCAGCUGACGCAUUUCAAAGACAACAAUGGGGAUCUCCUUUCGGUCAGUACUUCCCGAUCAUCAUUCGCGAUCCAUUCCAGUCAGUUUUGAAUUAUUUUUCCGAUCUGGUCGAGUAUGGACCGGCAGCCGACGUCUGCCAACAACGUAAACGAGCUAUUCUGCAAAUGGAUCCGAUGACGUUGAGUGGUCAUCGAAGUGCUCGGUCUCUGAAUCGUCGCUCUAAAAGGAACACUCAGCACAAGAAGGAAAAUCGAGGCAAAUACCAUUACGCCGAUGCCAAACGAAAAGAUCUAUCCACCAAUGUAGAUGUGAACGAGGAAACUAAAGCUAAAGCGUCGCCAAUGCCUCAGCCCAAACAGAGUCAUCAGAGCCAUCUUGGUAUUGGUGGCAGCGAAUACCCAAACAACGUUCGAGGCACCGAUGUAGGACCCCAAAUAUCAAAACUGAUCGUCAGAAGGGGAGGUGUAGCCAUAGCUGGAGCAGGAGGAAUCGCGACUGCUGGCUCUGGAGGUACAGCCAUCGUAGGUCCUGGAGGCACCGCAUUCACCACUCCUGCCUCAUCCGGCGGCGUAGCAAUGGUCGGUCCUGGAGGAAAAGUAGUCAAAGUGCCCGACCUGACGAACGUGCUCUACGGUCGUACCAAUACCGGAGGCAAUAUAGCAGCCACAGGGGCUGGACACGCUACCUUUACCACCAAAGACGGUCAAGUGUUCACCACAUCCGAUAAUACAGGCGGCGUAGCUCUGGUCAAUCCGGGUGGAGGUUUACUGGGCGUUUCGGACGAACAAAAUUUGCAAUUGUUGUUCCAGCAGCAACAGCAACAACAGCAGCAGCAGCUGCAACUGCAACAAGAAGACCAGCAGCAAGAGGCGAAAGCCAAACAAACCAACGAAGUACAGUUACCGGCCGGAGCAAGAUUGUUGACCACAGGCCCGAUUAUUUAUUAUAAUCCGGUUUACCCGGCGGCAGCAGCGGCCACCUCUGAGGUGCGCCGUCGCUAAGUCGAUAAACUGUUCACCCUAUACACGAGAUACCGCAUACACGACCAACUAGUUGUCGUGUCCGUGUGGCGACAAUUUUAUUUUUCUCAUAUCGCCAGUGUCAAGUUCCUUACUCGGAUUAGGGCGUCGUGAUGUCGUCGCCACAGAUCUGUCUCUGCUCAUAUAUGUGAGCUUAAGUGCCUUCUACUUAAUACGAGUACAUAUACGAUGUACCAUAAUCGUACUUAAAAAUACCUACGUAUGUUAUUAUUUCGUGUAUUUCGUACAUAUAAUAGGUACCUAUACUUACUGAUUCGUUACGUAGACAAAGUAGAAAGAUUUUCUUGUAUGUACCAAAUUGUGGAUGCGUAAAUGUGUGAAUUCAAUCAUGAUUAUCCGACGACGUGACGACGUCGGGUUACCUCAGAGAGAUGAUCACUAACCCCCCUCCCUCCUCGUUCUUGCCUAGUUACGCUAAUCGAGAAUGACAGCCGCUGUGAUAUACUUUUCUACUCGUUCGAAGCAAUUCGUCAGUAGGUCUAGGUACUUGAGAUUGAUUUGGUAUUGGUACGCGUAGACAGAUAGACUUUUAGCUGGGAACCUGGUGAAGUGCUCCUCAGGGGUCAGGGAUUUGGAUGGAAAGUGGUCUCAGUGAUAGCCUUUGGCCCAAGCACCACACCACUAAAACUUUAACCGCCAGAUUUGAGUUUAGGUACCUCCCACAGUAAAAUUUCGAGGUUUAUAAUUUUCAAAAAUCGCUACCCCGACGCUAAGGUUUUUUCCACGGUGCUGUCGUGGGAAACUUUUGACUCACGCGCUUGACCAAGGAGCAUGGUUCAUUUUCCCUUUUGACUAAAUUUUUUGCAUUAAGUAUCUAUUAUAUUUUUCGAAGAUUAUUCGAGUUCUUUAUUUUGGAUGAAAAUUAGAAUAAUCCUUCAAAUACCUGUGACUGCGUACUCGCAAUACAAUAUAUAAAAAAAUUCAGUUAGUCGGGGGGCCCUCAUAAGGAUCAAUUGCACCCCUCUGCCGAUCCUCCGUGACAACUUUUUUCUUAAAAGGGGAGUACUAAGGAACAUUUCUAGCCCUUGUCUUCAGAAAAAAAGUGGCCCUACUUACAAGAUGGCGGCCAUUUUGAUUGACAGGUCAGCCGAAAUCGCAGAUUUUGCGUUCUAACAUAGGACUAGCAUGAAAUUUUUUAAAACGAACAAAAGUAGAUCGAAAGAGCAGGCAAAAAUUCAUCACUUGUCAAAAUUUCAAAUGCUAAAGUGCCUUUUUUUCGAUUUUUGGUGAAUUUUAAAAUAUCAAAUUUUGGCCAAAAUGUGAGAAAAAAUCAAAAUUUUACCAAAUUGUGGUGGAAAGCUGAACUUUGGGAUAUACCCUAUUUUCAACCUGCCAAAUCGAUUGAAAGAGUUUCAACCCGUUUUGAGCAGGUCUGGAGCCUCCAGCAGAUUUUUGAAACUCGAAAGUCCCACAAAAUUUCAUCAAAAAUGGAGUUGGAAAGCCAAAAUUAAUUCUGCAAAUUAAUUUCAAUACGCUAUGAAGUUGACUGCAGGUAAAUUUCAAGUAAUUUUGGAGCCUCCAGCGAUUUUUUGAAAAUUACUGGAACCUCCAGUAAAUUUUUGAAAUUUGAAAUUUCCCCAAAAUUUAAUCAAAUGGAGUUGGAAAGCCGAAAUUAAUUCUGCAAACUAAUUUCAAUACGUGAGUUGACUGCAGGUGAAUUUCAAGUCAUUUUGGAGCCUCCAGCGAUUUUUUGAAAAUUACUGGAGCCUCCAGUAAAUUUUUGAAACUUAAAAUUUCCCCAAAAUUUCAUCAAAUAGAGAUGGAAAGCUGAAAUUAAUUAUGCACAGCAAUUUAUUCACCCUCUGAUGACGAUUCAGGUGAGUUCAAAUGAUUUUGAAGCCUCUAGUGACUUUUUGAAAGGUUUAAUGGAGUUUUUAGGAGAAUUGAAAUUUCCAAAAAAUAGCUAACCAUUUGAAACUACCGUGCAGUUGACUUCAUAUUGUAUUGAAAUUAUUUUCAGAGUGAAUUUCGGCUUACUAACCCCAUUUGAUAAAAUUUUGAGAAAAUUUCAAUUUUGAAAAAUCUGCUGGAGGCUCCAGCAAUUUUCAAAAAGCCGCUGGAGGCUCCAAAAUGACUUGAACCCACCUGACGUUGUCUUCAGAUGGUGUUAAAAUUGGAGUGCAUAGUUAAUUUCAUCUUUCCAUCCCCAUUUGAAAAAAUUUUGAGGAAAUUUCAAGUUUCAAAAAUCUACUGGAGGCUCCAGUAAUUAUCAAAAAACCGCUGGAGGCUCCAAAAUGGACUUCAUAGCGUAUUGGAAUUAGUUUACAGAACUAAUUUCUGCUUUCCAACUCCAUUUGAUGAAAUUUUGUGGGAAUUUCGAGUUUCAAAAAUCUGCUGGAGGCUCCAGAAGUGCUCAAAACGGUUUGAAACAGUUUCCAAGUGAUUUGGCAGGUCGAAAAUAGAGUAUAUCCCAAAUACGACUAAGUUGAAUGGGAAAAUGAACAAGUCCCUUGUGCAAGUGUGUGGGUCAGAAUUUCCCCACGACAGUACCGUGGGAAAAACCUGAGCGUCGGGGUGGCGAUUUUUGACGAUGAUAAAAUUUAAAAUUUUACUGUCAAUGAGAUAACUUUUCAUCCAAAUCCACGGGAAACACUUCAUGAGGUUCCCAACACGAUGGAAACCCCUACAUUCGAGUUGGAUGAGCGAAGAAUGCCAUUUUGAUAGGUUUUUCGUAAGAAGCACCUCUUGAAGGUCCUUCAAAAAGACCUCGCGAUUAUCUACUCUGUUCACAAAUCGUCUAGUGUGUAGUGUGAGGGACAAAACUAAAGGUUUCCUUGGGUAGAGGGGGGGGGGGAACCAAAGACUUGCCGACUGAUAUGAGAAAAAAAAUAUGUACCAAUUUUUCCGAAUAAAACAAUAGAUGAGAAAACAAUUCUGCAAACUGACAUAAUUGUAGAUAGGAUCAUGACUUAAAAACAAUUUCAGUUUUACCUGUUCAAUUUUUAGAUGCCUCAAACAUGGAAUUUUUCAUUUUGUAAAAGAGAAACAAAAUUCAAAAAUUUGUAAGUAUUUGGAUAGCUGAAAAAACACAAUGUUUUCUAUGUGAAGAGUGUUUGAUUUUUUCGGUUUCAAAAUUUUAGAAUUCGAAUAGUGCUUGAUUUUUUAGAAAUUCCAAGUUUGAAAAAGACAAGACAAGUAAGGGUAAAAGCUUUCGAAAAUGUGAAUUUCGAACUCGAGAUUUAAAAAAAAAACGAUUUUAAAUUCAAAGAGUAAAUUUUUGUGUAUUUUUUUUUUUUACAAAGAAGUCAAUUUUUCACAUUUGGCAUUUUUGAACCCCUCCCCCCAGCACCAUCUCUGUGCGUAAUCCAAGGUGUUAAGAACGGAAUAGAGACCUAAUUAUUAAAGAAUCUAUUUUAACUCGAAAAAGUACAAGAACCGAAUCCAAAAAUUGACUCAGACCGUCUAGAGAAUCGAAUCAAAAAAUCCAAAAAUUGCGAACUGAUAAUACCUAGAACCGAAUCAGAACCCGCAAAAAUUGAGAACUGAUUUUUGAAACGGACUGUUUUCAAAAACAAAAUGAAACCUGAAAAAAAUUUGAACCAAACCCAAGAACAAAAUAGAGAACCGAAAACAGUUUUGAAAGAGUCCCAAAGAAGAAAAACAAGAAACAGAAAAAUAUUUGAACCAAACUUAAGAACGAAAUCAAAAACCAAAAAUAUGCAAAUUAUGAUAAGAAAAUUCAGGUCUUUUUGGAAUUUUUUCGGUCUAAAAAAAAAAACAAAAAACUGACGUAGUAAGUACCAAAUUUGGCAAAAAUCCGUUUUUUGACAAUUUCGACAAAACCUGUUUUUUUUCUUUUCUCCAAUUUUUACAAAAACGCUAGUAUGAUUUUUUGAAAAUUUGGACAAAAAAUCCAGAUUUAUUGAUACAUAUUGUGUUGAUAAAACCUGAUUUUUGUUUGCAACAAUAACUUUCAAGCAAUUUUAAUGAAAAAGUUUUUUUUGAGACAAUUUCUGACAAAAAAAAAGAGUUUUUCUGAUACUUUGUACAAAAUACUGAAAUUUCCUUCUUUUUUUUUGCUGAUUUUCAGCGAUUUUAUGCUUUUUUUGAGCGUUCUUACAUCAACAGAUAUAGAGUACUGUAUGCUUGAUGUACGGAUUUCGCAGCCUUUCGAAGCCACUUGAGGCCAAUGUUUUCAUACGCUGAGGUAUUUGCGUAUAUUUUUUUUACUAGAUUACCUAUUUGGCGAAAUUUUUGCGAUUCCGAUGAAAAUAACCUCGGUCAGGCUGCGUAGAACGCGACGAAGAAGGACGAACUACCUUCCAAAUGACGAAUAACAAAAGAAUAUCGAAUAUUUCACGUACCUGUGUAAUGUACUUAACUUACCAACGAGAUGAGCAAUGACAAUACCUAUUACCUAUGUACGUACGUUUAACUGCCGCAAAAAUUUCAAACUUGAAACUACUCGUACAUCUAACUAUUCUACUCAUACCAUAUUGUAAUGUAGGUAGAGGUACGCGAUACGUGAUUGUAAUCGAAUCAGGUAUACCGGUCCGCUGACUAUUUGAUGCAUUAAUUUUUGCGUCAAUUAAGACAUGGGCAACUAGUAGUAGGUCUACAAGUCUGCACAAUAACACUAGGACUAGGUGCAUCGUGUACUCGAAUAUACGAGUAGGUAGCUAUAGGUACAUCUUUGUCCGAUUCAAUCUGUUAAAAAUUGUCAUUUGUCAACGGUGGCAAGGCACGAAGAUGGCGUAACUAAUACUCGUACUCGUUCUGGUACCUCCUGUAUCUAUGUACUACCUAAUAUCUACCUAUUUAUUUACAGUUGUUGUAGUUUAUACGAUUAUAAUUGUAUGUGAUUGUGAUUGCGUAGGUGUAUCAUGUUCGUAAAUAUUUACUUUGACAAAUGUAUGUAUGUAGACCUACAAUGUACACGCGUACAGAUAGUCAAAUAGGUGAAUAAAAAUCUCAAGUACCUACCUGCCUAUCAAUUUGUGUUGUAGUACCUUCGUGUGCAAUUUAUUAGCACCUACUCAUAGGUAAUAGGCAUAGAUUGUUUGGUGUAUCGCUAUGUACCUAAUUAGUUAUUACCUAAACGUGUGUAUUAAAAUAAAACAAUUGUACCGUA